AUGAACCGAAUCCAUCGACGACGGGCCCUCCUUCUCCUUCUCCUUCUCCUUCUCGUCUUCUCUCUCUUCUCGACCUGGCGUGUUCUCACUCUCCCCGGCCCGCACUCCACCGACCAUGUCGUGCGGUUGUUCGAACGGGCGCUUCCUAUUGACGCGCGUUCUCUGACUGCGAUUCUCCCUGUCUCAUCACCGCACAAUCUCAGUGCCACCCUGGCGCCCUUGCUCGAUUCUCCCACCAAGCUUGCCCGUGUGAUUCUCGUCUGUCCCCAACCCAUUCUCUCCGAUGUCAGAAAGACACUUGCCCAACUUGUCUACACCGGUUCUCAUCAACACCCUCAAUUCUCUUUGUAUCCUGCCUCACACUUGCACUCCCAUUCUCUCAUUUCUCUUGCAGCCUCUCGCGUCAAAUCUGACUGGAUCUUGUUUCUCAACGACGAUGGUCUCGCUGGUGUUGGUAAGCGUACGAGAGACAUGCUCCUCAAUCCACUCGCUAUACCCUUGCCUCUCGGUCCCACCGGCGCCAUCUCUCGUCGCAGCACAUCAUGCACGCCUCCAGCAAGCGUACCGUACCCCGCGUCCCAUCUUUCUCCCCCUUUUGUUGCACCUCUCUCUGUCUUUCAUCUCGCUGCCAAUCUUUCGACUUUGGGCUAUAAUCAUCCCUGGCUCGAUCUAGCCAAUCUCGUCUCUCGCUCCCGCAGCGAUCAUCUCGCAGCCGUUCUUCUUAAUCUCGACCAUCUCACUUCAAACCCGUGUCCCGCUCUGUCCAUCAGGCAUUCCCUUCCUACUACCUUGCAUCCCAACUUCAACCUCUCCGCAAAGUAUGCAUCCCUAGCCGCAGACUGGCAACAUCCUCAAACCUCUCCUCACGGUACAUUCGCAUUGGCUUUCCCGACUGUCAGUGACCUCUAUGCCUUCUUGCCUGUCGCGUGCCGACUCUUCAACACCGGCUAUUCACUCAAUCUUCUCCUCUACCGCCCAAACCACCUCCACUUUGAAAACGCAAACGGCACCCACGUCUGGUCCGACGACUGUCGCCUCUCUUACGACGUCCUAUCAAUCAACUCGCCCUCCUUUGCGCACUGGCUCGCCUCUCUUCAACAUCUACCCGACAUCAUCGUCGCCCUCACAGAACAAGACUCGGUCUCUUCUGGCAUUUCCACCACCCUCCAACACGAGUCUUACAACCACAUCACCCUCGUCCGCCUACCCCGCGAAGACAUCCCCCACUCGUACUGGAUGGGCUCUCUCUCUCUUCUCGAGUGGCAAAACUGGAACGUCCCCGAAAUCGCCAUCAGCGUCAUCACCACCAACAGACCCCGCUCCCUCCACCGCCUCCUCCUCUCCCUCUCCCACUCUCUCUACUUUGGCGACACCGUCCUGCUCCGGAUCAACAUCGACCAAUCCCCCGACCCAGACCCCGACACCCUGCGCGUCGUCCGCGACCUCCACUGGGCACACGGCGACGUCGUCGUGCACCACCGCGUCGUCCAUGGCGGGCUGCUCCCCGCCGUCGUGGAGGCGUGGUAUCCGCAUCAUGACCAUUCGUAUGGCGUGUUGUUGGAGGAUGAUGUUGAGGUGUCGAGGCUGUUUUAUGCGUGGGCGAAGAUGGCGGUGUUGAGGUAUAGGUACGGCGACCCGAGCAACCUCUCCCCCCAGCUCUUCGGCAUCAGCCUCUACCAGCAAAAGAGCAUCGAGCUCAGACCGGAAGGCAGACGCCCCUUUGACGCUCGAGCCCUCUUCGCCGCGAACGGUUUUGAGCACCCUGCGACGCCUUAUCUGUCGCAGAUCCCGUGUAGCUGGGGAGCGGUGUAUUUUCCGGAGCAGUGGCGCGAGUUUCACGAGUAUCUCGCCGUUCGGUUCUCUCGCACUGGCCCUAGCCCUAGCUCUGGCAUCAACGCCGGCAUCCCCACGCAAGACAUCGUCCCCGCCGUGCGCUCCAACAAGUGGAAAAAGUCAUGGAAGAAGUACUUUAUCGAGCUCGUCUACCUCCGCGGGUACGUCAUGCUCUAUCCGAACUAUGACGGCUAUGCGUCGCUCUCGACGAACCACCUCGAGGUGGGCGCGCAUGUGAGGGAGAUGGGGAGGGGGGAGUAUCUGCGCAGGAAGGAGAUGUUUGGCUUGCCGUUGAUGGCGCUCGGUGGUGCGGCACUCGUCGACUUGCCGGCUCGGACGCUCCCGCCGUGGCGUCGACUCCCCGUCUUGAACCUCACCGGCUGCCUCUCGACCGUGGACGAGCUGAUCGGGCAAGGCGCCGCGCGACGCGCCGACCUGUUCGACUGUCAAGGCCCGGCGCUUCCGUACGAUGUCCCGAGCCUCUUUUGCGUCCAUUAG